UGAUCGCUUGAAUUGUUUGACUCAAAAAACAGUCAAAACUGUUGAUGUUUACCAACAUUUCAAACAUUGACUGCAAUUGAGUGCAAUUAACUGCUAUUAACUGCUAUUCAAUUGAAUUAAUCGCUCAAAACAGUGAUUGAAGUGUAAAGUCAUUGGUUGUCAUCAAUUGAUUUAUAAGACAACAAUCGGAUGAAAAUGAGUGUCAAUUUCUACAAAUAUAGAGACCAAAUGGUGUCGGCUUAUAAAGAAGUGAUUAAUGAAAAAUCAAACAUUAAUUGGGCUCUCUUUGGUUACGAGAAACAAACAAAUGACUUAACACUUGUUGGUAAAGGAAAUGGAGGUUUGGAGGAACUGUACGAUGGCUUCUCUUCGAGUCAAAUAUUGUAUGCCUUUUGUAAAGUAAACGAUUCAAACACCGGUCAAAUCAAAUACGUGUUCAUCAAUUGGCAAGGAGAAGGAGCACCUCUUCGGCAAAAAAGUGUUUGUAUUAAUCAUUCGCGAGAUGUCUGUGACUUCUUUAAGGGCUCUCAUUUGACAAUAAAUGCUCGCAAUGAGGAUGAAGUAGAGCCGCAAGAAAUCAUUAAUAAGGUAUCAAAGCUGUCGGUAAAAGUAAAUCUAAAAGACAGAUCAGAAGUGAUUGAAAAUCCAAGUCCUGUUGGAACUAAUUACCGAAAAGUACAGCCACAGCGAGAGAUUAGUCGAACAGAUAGAGAAGAGUUUUGGUUAAAAACACAGAAAGAAGAGGAACAGAGAGUUUUGGAAGAAAAGAAAAAACUAAAUGAAUUCAGAGUUAAGAACGAAAAGGAAAGAGAAGAAAGAGAGUUAAAGGAAACCAAACAAAGAGAUAAUUCUAUUAAAGAAAGGGACGAAAAUAUAUCGAAAAUCAGGGAAUCGGAACUGAAUGCAACUAAUAGUGCCAAAAAUAAUGACAGUCAUAAUAAUUGUACGGUUGAUGACAAUGAAAGACGACUUAGAAGUGAAAAUAUGCGACUAGAAAGAGCUCAAGAGGUAAAGACAAUGAUUGGUCACAAUUCCAUACAGAAGGCGCGGGCUUUGUUUGAACAGAACUCCAGUGCCGGACAAAUGAAUUCAAUUCGCAACUCAUUUCAGUCUAAUAAUAAUAAAUCUUUGGUUUCCAAUAGAAAAGAGAUGUUUGAAUCAAAUAAUAUUAAUAAUGAAUUAUCCAAUAAUUCAAAAGAUGUGAACAAAAUUCAAACAGAAAUUAAUAAUUUGAAACUAAACGCACCGAUUAAUCAAAAUGACAAAAAAGAUGAACCCAAGCCAUCAAUUGCAUCUACUGUGGCAGCUAUUACACCAUCACCCGUGCCAUCCAAUGAAUCCAUGAAAGAAUCAAUCAAUGAGCCAAUUAAUGAUUCAAUUAAUGAACCAAUCAAUGAACCAAUUAAUGAGCCAAUCAUUGAUACAGCUAAUGAUAUUUAUAAUGAUGUCGAAGAAGUGGUUACUAAUGGAACGAAUGGCGAAAAUGGAAUUCAUGAUACAUAUGAACCACAGAAUUCUACGAAUUCCUAUUUUACUCGAAACUUAUUGCAAGAGACCUAUCAAGAAACACAUCCAUUAGAAGACAUUGCUGAAGAACAAACAUGGGAUGAAAGCAAUAAUGUUGUUGAAGACCAAUAUGAUAGCACUGAAAAUGUAUUGUCUGAUCAAAGAGAAGAGAGUACUGUCGAUAACACAACUGGUUUAAAGAAAGCCCGGGCUUUGUUUGACUAUCAGGCGGCGGAUGACACCGAGAUUAGCUUUGAUCCCGAAGACAUCAUAACACAUAUUGAACAGAUAGACUCUGGUUGGUGGCAAGGCUUGGCACCCGACGGUACUUACGGAUUAUUUCCCGCCAAUUAUGUUGAACUCAUUGAUUGAAUUUAAUUUAUAUAAUUUUG